AAUAGCCAUAGUUCCAUGGUAGCUACACUCUAGUUCAAGUUAAAAGCAAGAUAUGGAUAUAGAUCUAGGAGAGUCUAUGUUCUCAUAAUUACCUUUAGAAUCUUUUAUAAAAGCAGAUUUAGAUCUAUCUAGAUCUACUUGGACACAACUGGCCUGGUGACUUAAAAAAUGUGUGAAGAUGAAUGAUUAACACAUACACUGUUAUUGUAGUUCCACAUGGUUAAAAUAGUUUAUUAAAUAUUCUAUUUUAAAGGUCCAGCCCACAACUAGACCAGAAAAGAUGGAUAAUUAUACAAAAGGUGAGAGUGUCACAAUCUUUGAUCCUCCGAGUUUACACAUGGAAGGAGCUAUUGAAAUGAAAGUAACUAAUGCCAGCAAAAUCAGAAACGUUAUGGGAUAUGCCAUGUCAACAUUUGGUAAUAGUAAUGUCAGACAUGUGAUUUGGAAUGGAAGCGGAAACGCCAUCAGCAAGACAAUAAGCUGUGCAGAAAUAAUGAAACGAAAAAUUAAGGGUUUGCAUCAAAUAACACAGGUUGGCUUUCUAAGAGUGGAGGAUUUUUGGGAGCCAACAGUGGAAGGCUUAGAUAGACUUAAGGUCAACACAAACAUACCAACCAUUUCUAUACUGUUAUCCAAAGAUCCGCUAGAUACCAGCCAUCCAAGCUAUCAAGCUCCAGGCAGCACUGAACUUGUGUGGCCAGAUCAGAUGAAAACCAAGAAGGACAACUCCCAAAGAAAAAUGGCAGCAAUAAGAGAUUUGAAAAAUGCAGCCUCAAAACCCAAAAGAUCCAGAGGCAAUGGAAAAGACAGUUUUAAAUCUAAAAAAAAGACAGAUAAGUUACAAAGUGGCACAGAGCUGAAAAAGAGUGAAGCAACGUGUAAUUCAAUGGAAUAAACUUCAACUUUUAGAGUCUCUUGUAUGUAUAUGUAUAUAUAAAAAUGUAUUUGUUUCCUUGUUAUAAAAAUUAUUGAAACAAUAAAUAUAUUUAAAAAAUUUUU